CGCCGCACAAGAGCGGGCAGAGAGCCGCUCCGCGGCUGCGGUAACGUCGCGGGCCGCGCCUGCGUCCGCUGCGCGGGGAGGGAGCCGCCCCGGGGAGAUGUCGGACAGCGGCGUGAGACCCUCGGAAGCCGAGAGGUCCGAGGCGUUUCCGUUACUGCCCGCGGCGCUGCGUCCGGGGGCGGACGGAAGGACGCCCUGCCUUGGUAGAACGCAGCUGGGUCGCCGAUGAGAGAGAGACGUGUUUCCACUGGGGGUUAUGCUUAGCGUUACCGGCACCGGCUUCGGGAAGAGAGCACGGGACCCCGGGGCCGUGCUUGGCGCUGGCGGGGCACAGAGAGAGGCGGCAGAGACUUUUGCUUGGGGAGCAAAAACGAAGCUAGGAGCAAUCUUCAGGCGUAUUCACUGACCUACUGCAGCUCUGUGAUUGAUCCGUGCUUGACUACCUCAAGGAGUCCUGGCAAGAUGGUAUCUUCCAGAUCUCUCAUCCUUCUAGCACUGGCAUUUUCCUCUUUGUCCCUUGUUCUUCCGCAUUCAAACAGAGAGAUGUGGUUUCAGGAUUUCAUUCCACCUAACGUGUGCCCUAUAAAUGCCAAAGCCAACACGUUUUAUGGCAUAAUGUUUGACGCAGGAAGCACUGGGACAAGGAUUCAUAUUUACACCUUUGUGCAGAAGAGCCCAGAAAACCUUCCAGAGCUGGAAGGGGAAAUCUUUGAAUCUGUGAAGCCAGGUCUUUCUGCAUAUGCUGAUCAGCCUGAAAAGGGUGCUGAAUCUGUCAAAAGAUUGCUGGAUAUGGCCAUAGAUGCUGUGCCACCUCAUCUCUGGAAGAAGACUCCAGUAGUGUUAAAAGCCACAGCUGGACUGCGCUUGCUGUCAGAAGAGAAAGCUCAGGCUCUGCUUUUGGAGGUGAAAGAAGUCUUUGAGGAAUCACCGUUUCUUGUUCCAGAGGACAGUGUUAGCAUCAUGGAUGGAUCUUAUGAAGGAAUUUUAGCCUGGAUCACUGUGAACUUCUUGACAGGGCAGCUGUCUGGCCAGAACCAGCAUACUGUUGGGACUCUGGACCUGGGAGGAGCCUCAACCCAAAUUACAUUCCUGCCACGAUUGGAGGAAACUUUGAAAGAAACCCCUGAGGAUUUUCUUACCUCAUUUGAAAUGUUUAACAGCACCUACAAGCUCUAUACCCACAGCUAUUUGGGGUUGGGACUAAAAGCUGCCAGACUAGCAACGCUUGGAGCUUUGAAUAUGGAAGUUGUGGAUGGACAGAUGUUCCGCAGUUCUUGUCUGCCAAAGCAGCUGGAGGCAGAGUGGCACUUCGGAGGAGUGAGGUACUGGUAUGGUGGCAACAAAGAAGGAGAAACGGGAUUCAAGCCUUGCUACCUGGAAGUACUCAAGGUUGUCAAAGGAAAACUGCACCAACCAGAUGAAAUUCGUGGAAGUUCUUUCUAUGCUUUCUCCUAUUACUAUGACCGAGCAGCUGACACCAACCUAAUUGAUUAUGAACAGGGAGGCAUUUUGGAAGUGAGAGAUUUUGAAAGAAAAGCCAAAGAAGUCUGUGAUAACAUGGAGAGGUACAACUCAGCCAGUCCUUUCCUCUGCAUGGAUCUUGCUUACAUCACUGCUUUACUAAAGGAAGGGUUUGGAUUUAGGGACAACACACUCUUACAGUUAACGAAGAAAGUGAACAACAUAGAGACAAGCUGGACUUUGGGUGCGACCUUUCACCUCCUGCAGUCUUUGGGGUUAACCUAUUGAACUGUGAUAUUCCUCUGGACUUCAGCAUCUCUAAAAGGCUGAGAAAGCAAAUUGAAAUCUCCAGGUACAUGGAGAUUCAUCUGGAGCUGGUCACAAAGCAGAGCAUGGACCAAAGCUAUAAAACAGACCUUCACUCAGCAUUGGCAUCAUGCAUAAUGAGAGUUGCUGCAGAUGAUUUAUAAUUGUGAUUGCCAUGAAUGAUCCAGAAGCUGCCUUCAGAAAGUCCACAGGCCUGAACGCCAGCAGAGUAGCUGCACAGGGCCCAAAGCCAGCUUUCACCAGCACGUUUGUGUGGCAUCCCAUUGCUAGAAGCACUGAGUUCCUGGCGUGUGGUGGCAGACGACAGACACGUGACUUCCUCUCCUCCUUUUGAAACCUACAUAACUUAAGUUUGCUAGUGAGAUGUUAAAUACAGAAAUUACAGAUGGCAUCAACAGUCAUUCAGAGAAAAGUGAGCAACUUUGGAUGCUGCCAGGGUUCUAAGUACUCAGCUCUUAGCUUAACUUAUGCACUGCACAAAGAUGCAAGUUUUUGAGAAGCAGCUGCUAUAAGCACACUUUGGCAUGGUUUUGGGAAAGGCUGUAAAACACAGGUUGUAACUUAGCAAGCUUUUAUUCAGACAGCAGUUGUUUCCUAAGCAGAAUGUGUGCUUGACUGUGUUCCUUUUUGGUGCCCUUCAUGAGCCUGUGCAGCUAUACUGUUGGCAGCCAGACCUGACAACCUGACUCCUUUAGCUUGUGCUUAUAACACAGUUGUACUGCACAACUAAGCAGCAGUGCCAACUGUUAAAACUGCACUGCCAAAAGAAAUGCCUGACACAUCCCACCCACAAGGACAUGAUGGGUGCAGUCAGCUGAAAUGGCUGAUACGAUAGCUCACUCUGACUGCCCAGAGCCACUCUGCUCCUCUGCUCUCAGCAAGGCCCUCCCACAGCCACCUUUCCUCUGCUGCUGUGUUCCUCAGGUUCUUCGAUGAAGCAAUUCAUGACACCAAACCUGAGUUAAAUCAGCUCACCAUUUGUCAAGUCGAGUGCUAGCACAAGGGAAAUAAGCACUGCUGGGCCAGCGAGCUGUCAGACCACCACAGCCCAUUUUGUCAGUGAGCUCUAAGGUGUGGUUUCCCAUCUGAAAGUUUGGUCUCAUCUUUUCCUGAGCUCACGUUGGGAACCUUCUCCAAAUGCAGAGCUGUGGUGAAAGAAGUUGGUUUUUCAGUAGUUUUAUAGACAAAAUAGGGAGAGAGUGGAAUUAGCAUCAGAAACGAGGAAAACAAGACCAGAAGUAGCUUUAUUUUCUUAUCCCUUGUCCCUUUUGUUUUAAACUUCAUCUCUCUUUAAUAUACUGGAGUUGGAGCCAUAACAUGAUAUUUGCAGCCUUGCAUUGCUCUGGAAGGAUUUUAUAUAUAUACAGCAAGGCUUUAGGAACAUUGCAGCCAGUGAAGAGGCUGAACACCAUACUGUCAGGCAGUUGCAGUCAAUGAUGUGCUGUGACACACCUUUCUCACUUCCAUAAACCGGAAGGCUGUUGUCAUGCUGCCUUCUCUGCAAACUGGACUUGAAAACAAUUGGCAGUUCCCAGCAAGAAGACAAAGUAGCACAUUCAUGCCCUCACUAACCUUGUCAGACAGGCUCAAGACUUAGAAAUUUGCUUCACUGUGAAGAUCAGUUCAUUUCCUCUAGUUUGCAGUGUAAGUUGGGCUGUGGGUGCUGAAGCUACAUAUCUCAGCUCAUACCUCGGGUUUUACAGCGCCACGGUGCGGGGUGUGCUUUGGAUUGAACAAGCUCAGUCAGCAGCAGGCGUCCAGGUGUUCGGAAGGGAGCUUACCUGUACUUUCCCCCACCACUGGCACCUUGCUGUAAAUUCAGGCUGUUGUUUUGACAUAUGAAGUACUCAUCCUACCUGUAGCAUCUCCUGCCCAGUCUGGUUUGAGAUCCAUGUUGGGAAAUUCCCCAAUGUGGCGCCAAACUUAUGUACUGUACUCAGGAUAAGCUUCUGUUUCAGUGUGAAGAAAGCAGUUUUGGCCUCUUCUCAACCAAGAAGUGGUUAUUCUUAUUCCCCUCCUCAUGUUUGGCAAAGCUUGGCAUGCUUUGCACAGCAAGGAGACUGCAAACACACACGUUUUGUUUUCAGUGAGCACUUGUCUUCACCUAGGUAUUCUCAGAGCAGGCAAGGCAGGAUGCAGUGAUUACUGGCCAGGCUGCAUUGCUCCUGACAAAUAACUAAUUUAAUAAUCCAAAACUCUUAUUUCAGUCUGAGCCUGCUAUGACAAACCCUUAGUAGGUCUCGGGGCUCAGAGCCGUGAGCAGGGAGGCUGUAUUUGAAAAGGAAGGGAAGGUGGGACAUUCCCUGUUAAGGAACAAGCAACAGCGGCGUCUCUGUCAACUGAAUCAGUGCGAGCCCUGAGGACUACUGAAGGGUUUGAGUUUUACCUCAAGGGAGAAUGGUCCAGCACAAGACAGGUACCAUGCAGAGGAAGUUUCUUUUCUGUAUUCUUUGCCUCAGGCUCUGGUACCACAAGAACUGGUGCUUUCAAGUGUAACAGCUGCUUUCUAGUACCAAAGUGGCAUUAAAUCUGAAUGCUCAGGGCCUUCCUUUGUCAGUGACACAAUUCAUUGACUCAAGCAAAACUGCUGCUCUGUAUCUGGGGCCUGAUCCUGCACAUCAUGAAAGAACUAAAAACUCUCCUCAAAGGUUUCUUUUGCAAGAAAUUGCAGAAUUGAGCCCCUCUGCUGUUUACUCAAGGUGAGUGGGGGAUCAAGAGAAGCCAGUCAAGUCCUCGCACUUACCCUAGUGCAAUGAGAUUAUUUAUUAACUAAAGACUAAGCAGCUUUUUAGAAGAGUUCUACUUGCAGCCCUGAUCUUUAUCUCAUCCUUUGUAAUGUCUUUUAGCGUGUCACUAAAAGGAACUGCCUAAUAUGAGUGACUGAAGAAGCACAAGCAAUGCCUUCCAGUUCAAAACUUAUGUUUCAUUUUUUCUGAUGUUAAUUCCUGAUUCUGGUGAACCCUGUAUAUAAAUACUGCCCUGGCCAGUGCUCACUUAAUGUUGCAAGUGUCUAAUGCAAAAGGCUGGUGUUUGCAACCUAAGACAGAAUAUCUUGAAAAUCUAUUUUAGUAAUUAAAGCUUUUUUAACAGUA